UCAUUUGGACGACACUUGUCAUUGUCCAUGUAUCCAAAUAACGCGCCAUUAUUGAAAAGACUGUCAGAAAAUAAUUUAUUUAAAAAGCCAAUAAGUAAAUGACAAGAAAUGGCGGACUGGGAUGACAUUAAAACUGAGUUUGGUGGUGAUGAGACUGCAGCAUUUGGGCCACGGAAAGAAACUGGCUCCGCCCUUUAUCAGAUUGACACAGUGGCAACUAUUGCUUGCCGCGAUCAGGGAAAUACAGUUGUGCCUACUGCCGCCUCUAGUGUCCUGGGGGAUGUAACUUGCCUUGCAGUAGAUAAAAACCUGGUCUUGAAUACCUCAUCCAUUCUCAGUCUAGAGUCGGCAGUGGAAGUUGUGGAAUGGAGCCCAGACUGCAGUCUUGUUGUACUAGGGCUGAAUGGUGGUCGCAUGUAUGUGCUGGAUGCAGAGACAACCGAAAUCAUAUUCUCAAUGAAUUUAGUUUCUCAUGAUCGACAUGUUGGUGGCAAAGCAUUUAGGAGUAUAAUUUUCACAGCCACAUUACACCUGGUGAUACUCACUGCAGAUGGACAGCUUAUUGUACAACCAGAUGUACAGCUUCACAAGUCUGAGAGUGGUGACUUACAGAACAUGAUCACAGAUAAUCUGAUGCUGGCAAACACCAAGCCCUACCACUCUCAUGUCUAUGACAUGGUCGUUCACAACAGGAACAUUUACACACUGGGUGGAGGUGAUAGUACAAUCUGUGUCUGGAACUUCAGCGAUGGAAGCCUGGUCCUCGUCGAUGAAACUGGAUCUUUCUUGGAGAAUGAUAGUGAGCUUAUGUGUGGUAAAAUCACCACCGAUGGCCACUAUAUAUUUGCCAUUGACUCGGAUCACCAUAUCUGUGUUCUGGAUGCAGUGAUGCUAAUAUGUGUAAAAAGAUACACUGGCCUGAAGGUGGAAAAUAUAUGCCUUCUGGAGACAAACACAUCCCAGAACAACAAUAUGGAAGACAUGAAGCUGGUGCUGGUCACUCGUCCACGUCCUGGCGGAGUGUGCACUGUGCAGGUCCGGUCACUCCCUGCCUGGGAAACUGUAUAUGACCUGCAGUUGUCUGCCCCUACAUACCUAUCCAGCUGUAACACCUUUCAGGACGCUCUCUACCUGAUUGAGUUUUGUGCCACAGAAGGAUUGCCAGGUACAGUGAGCACUGUGAGAUACAGGAGACUCAGUGAAACAGAUCCAAAAACAAGGCUUUACAGAAUUCUGCAGAAGAACAAGUUUGAAGAAGCAGAGAAUUUUGCCAAUCUUUUUCACCUGGAUAUAGAGAUAGUGCACAAGGUGAAGGCCAACUACAUCAUAGACCAGCUGUCCCCAUGGAAUGUGGAGCUGUACAGCAAGCAGGAGGUGGAGGACAAGCUGUCCCAACUCUGGGUCUGCCUGGACACAAUAGUGGAUGAUGUGCACACUGCAGAGACCUGUAUGAGAGCCUUUCUGCCUACAUUCAAGGAUACAAACAGACUUCUCACCUACUGCAAAGCUCGCCUGGACAAGUGUUCAAGUUCUAAAGAAGUUGCAGUAACGGAAAAACAGCCGAAUUUGUAUAGUAAGUUGCUGGAGAUCAAGAGAAGACUGCUGACAUUCAAGUUGGCCUAUGGAGAACACAGCUUUACUGGAGACCUGUGGCAGCAGUUCAUCCAUGCAGACAUCAUGAAGGAGGCUCUUGGGCUACUGGAACAGGGGCAGUUCCCUCCUGCCUUCAUCAUCUGGAACAGGCACCAGUGUAACUGGUCUGCCGAGAGGAUGAGUGGCCCCCUGAUCCAGAAGAUCCUGUCUCUGCUACACUUCCACAAGGUGCCCUCGUCAGACCUGCAGGACUAUCUCAGCUCGGGGCUCAUCCCUGCAGUGGUCCGCCUUGCCCCACAUACACUGAUUGACAUCAUUGAUUUUGUGAUUGAGAUAGCUAAGAGCAUGGAGACCAAGGAUAAAGAUCACUGGCCCCUGAAUGCGAUAGGCUUUGCCAGCAAGCUACAUGCCCAACUGCAGGACGCCACGUCGCCUAUGACGGAGGAGGACACUUGCAUGGCUGAGGACAGCGCACACAAGACCCAGGUGAAUGCAGAGGAAAUUCUGAGUCCUCUUGCCACCCUGAUAGUGAAACUGCGCCAGCUUGACAACGUCAUUCACAAGUACAAGUGUCGUCUGUCCCUCUCACAGUUCCUCAAGGAAACAGAGGAGUCUAUUGUGUUUCGCAUGCUGGACAAAGUUGUUGCCCUUGAGUUGAUCAGUCAGACACUGGAAAGGCAGAUACGUCCGUACAUUGCUGAACAUGGCUUGAAUCAGAACCAGAUAUUCUCCAAGUACAUCAUGGACCUCUUGGAGCGUUACAGCCAGGUACAGAGUUUUGGAGCCGACAUUGCCUGGGAGGCAAAGGCAGCAGCUGUCAUGGACUGUAUCUCUGACAUUGAGCAAAAGAUCAAUGGUGUGCUGGCUAUCAUCCAGUGGGCUCCCAUCCCAUGGAGUUCUCGGGUGGAGUCCAUAGUGCAGAGUGGUCUGCAGCUUAAACACUGCAAGGUGCACUGUAUACAAGACAAAGUGAAGCAAGUCUCAGUGAGGAAGGUCCUCAUGAAGUAUGGACUGAAGAAUGUGGAGGUGCCACAGGACGCUGCCAGUGUGGAGCAUUUAGUGAACGUGAUGUUGACACAAGACCUGCCAGGCUGCAUAGAGAACUGCCUGGAGAUCAUCAAGUACACCGAUCUGGACAUCAAGGAUAGGAUGUACACCUUUAGAAUGAGGCAGUACAUAGAGAUGGAUAGGCUAGAUGAGGGUCUGCAGCUUGUUGAGACUUUGACCUCUGACCUUGGGGUGAAGGUUGCAAGAAGUAUUGUGGGCCUGACUGAUGUGAUCCUUACAGAGACUGUCAUGAUUUCCCAACUUGAUGACAAGUACAAGAAACAAAAACGGUUGUACACAGAAGCAGCGAUUCAUUUGCUGAAGUAUUUACAGACCAAGGAAAAGAACCACAUUGAGUUGCUGGACCUUCAGACUGAGGAGGCCUUGUAUAUCAAACUGAGGGCCCUUCAAACUGAGUUUGGAGAGUACAUGAGCCUGGACGAGUACCGGGAUGAGGAGAGUAGAGAGCUUGUGAUGGACACCUACUUCCUGAAGUAUCACCAGGCUCUUGUGCAGGAAACUGGGGCUCUUACCUCAGUCCAGUUAUACAGAUUGGCAGACAUACUACAGGUGUCGAGAAUAGCCUUACAAGGUCAGUUGGCAAUCAAACUGGCCACAGAUGGACAUAUUGACACUGCAGUGCAAAUCUGUAGGGACCUCUAUGAGGCUAGCGUGACUCCUAGCCUAGCGGCCACCAUGAUAGACGUUGUACGAGUGUUGCUGCAGCUGCAGGCAGAGGUUGACCCAGAUUCAGACAUUGUCGACUGCAACAAGCUGCGUCUGCUACCUGAUGUCUGCCACUGUUUAGCCAGCAAGGCCCUCUGCAUCUGUGAAUCAGGCCUGGAGCUGUGUGAGUACCUGGAGGUGGCACGGAUCUGUUCCCUGCAGCUGGCAGUCAGCAGGCAGUGUGAGGCCGGAGAGGACUCCCUCUCUCUUGAAUGGGGUGUGGUACAUGAGAGCCAGACAGAUGAAGAAUGGAGUGGUCUCAACCUGGACGUGUUUAGUGAGGAUGCCCUCAUUAUGACCUCUGGCACUGCAAUACCCCUGGUGGCAAGAUAUGCAGUACAGAACCCCCUGAUUUUUGACACGCAAUCUGGUGAUGACGAGAAGAGUAAGGGAGAUGGAGCCACUCCUCACAUAGAGCGUCUGUGUGCCAGUGUGGUUCCCAUAGUGCAGCAUCUCCGUGGUAACAGCCACCUGCAGCUGGCACACACGUUCUCCCUCCACAUGCUCUCCACUAUGCUACAGCACGUACAGCAGCUGUAUAUUGGGGAAAGGGACCAGGCAGAGGAUGACAAAGACGUGCAUGCUGCUAACUGGAAGGCCUUCACAGAGCUGAAUAACACCAGCCAGGUCAUGCUGAAGGAUCUCACUUUCACCCUUGUUAUGAAGAUCUUCAACAGUUCCAGAGUUGACUCCCAUCUUGCCUUCAUGUUUCUUUGCAAUCGUCCAAAGCGUGAAGUCAUGGAUGUGAUGAUGCGACUGACAAAGUCUGCUGGGCAGCAGUACAAGAAGCUCAGGGCAAUUGCGGGUCUUGGCAUCUGUCUGGGCCAGGCUCUAAAGGAACCAACCAUGAUCAGCAGCUGUCAGGAGCUUGAGAACAAUGCCUCCUGGGGAUACAGACUCUCCAAAAUGAAGAUCUCAUUCAAGGAUGCCAUUCUUAGCCCCAACAGUGAGAAGACUAAGCUACUUCCGGCCAUUGCACAGAAUCAUGCUGCAGAUACAGAACUUGUCAGGGAAUUCUGUCGUUCAUUUAAGCUUGAUGAAGACGAGGGACUGUUACUGUACCUUGAUCACCUGUUUGUGGCUCCUGACGACGGUGCCAGAGAUCUGGACGCAAGAAUGGCAGUAAUAGCUCGGGCCCAAGGGGCCAUUGCAAAAAUCAAGAACAAAGAUGAGCUUCUGUUUAAAAUAAAGAAGAUAUAUAUGAGGACAAGUGCCUAUGACUAUGAGAGCCUGAGGUUCACCUUGGAGACGAUAAAGAAGCAGGCUGGAACUGACCUGGAGGACAUUCCUAUAGACAAGGGCCUGAAGCUGCUUGACUACCUGAAGGUGUACUCCCGAGUGUCCCCACCCUCGGACUAUGAGACAGAGUUCAAAAUGGGGGGAGACAAAAAGGAAGCCCAGAUAUUCUUGAGCCCUAUGCCAGCUGAGAGCCAGACACGCCUUCCCCUCCACCCUCUACUGCAUGGAGACCCUUGGAAGAUCAUCACACCAGAGCUUAGGAAGGAUACGCUUGACACAUGGCUUCAUACAGCUCAGCUUCUAACACUGUCCCCCGACCAGAUCUGCCUGCUGACUCUGCACAAUAUGGUGAACGUGUACACGGAGACUUUCACCAGCCCAGACGGGGGCUCAAACAUGUCCCAGUGGCAUUGGAAGCCUGAACAGGUCAAUCAGAGGCUACUUCAGGAUCUGAUGCAUAUUGUGAAAAGCAACAAGAACAUUGAGAAUUCCCUGGCCUGUGCAAAGUGGAUGGUCAACAAACUGCCAUUGGGUUCAGAGAAGGUGCUUGUCUUGAAAUAUUGCAUCACUUUGGCGGAGCUAUGGCAUCAUAGCAUUCCUGAGAAGAGUGCCAAAAGGGAUAAGGCCAUGCAGGCGUACCUGAAGUUCAAAGGUCACUGGCAGAAAAUGGCCUCGGCCCAGGCUCUGUGCCUGAACGGUUUGGGGGAGUCUGACUUGCUGCAGAUGACUGACAAGCCCACACAGCUCAUACAGAGGCUGUACGAGCACCCCAGCAUCACCACGGCAACGUGGGCCUCGUCUGAUGAGAAACCAGACAUCCACAGUGCGGCCCAGAAGGUUGCUGAGAUCAACAACAUUCGCCUGGAUCUCAUACAGCACAGCCUCAUAGAAAAGUGGCUGCAGUCAGGGGUUCAGGCUGCACAGGAGACAGAUACUACCAUGACUUUCAGUCUUGAGAAUUUGAAGAUGACAGCAGAGACACUGAUGGAUGACAAGACUUCAAAUGAAGAGGAGAAUUUCAAACGGAUCAUACAUCUUGUGCAGAGAGAAAACAGAGAAUCAAACUUAUUGAAAUUGUUUGACUUUGCUCUGCAACCGAAGGAGGGUCGAGACACAGGCUGCUGUAUAUUGGCUCUCCGCUGCCUUCUUCAUCUGUGUGACAACGACACCAUGAUCAAGGAAUGCAACAAGAGUCUCGAUGACAUCAGGAAGCUGAUGUAUGUGAUGAUCUACCUGUCUGGUCUGGAGAGGCUGCACAUCAGACAUACGGUGGAUACCUUCAUCUCCUGUCAGAAGGAGGCCCUCGUCAGGGGACUAUGGAAGAACCACAGCCACGAGAAAAGUGCUGUGAGCCUGGUCUCCAGCCUGUGUCUGGAUUACAACAUUUAUGACCUUCAACUGUGGACCAGUAUACUACAGAGACUUCAUUCAUUUGGCUUGAUACGUCAACUGGAGUAUAUCCUGCUAAGACUAAACAAUGUCCCAGAACUGUGGCAGAUACCUGCAUUCCCCAAAAUGUGGUUUACAGUCAUUUCUACUUCUUUGCUGAAAGUGAGUGCACCUCUGUCCAAGGAGCAGACAGAUGCCACUGUCCAUGCCUUUAACCAGCUACUCAGCUGCCCUGUGCUGGACGACAUUGAUGGCGAGAGCCUGUCCAGGAUGUACCAGAGGCUGGAGUUGCCUGCCCUUGCCUUGGGAUGCCUGCUGCUGUCUGGACAACCAGAGAGUGUCAAGAUCUUUGCAUCUCAAUAUGGAAAGGAGACCAUGGCUAAUUUGCUGACUCUGCAUACAGUGAAUGGGCUCAAUAAAGGACUGGUGAACAAGAUCUCGGACGUUCUGUAUGGAGGGAUUCUGGAGAGCAGCAGUUUCCACCUGGUGUUGGGCACCGUCCAUCAGAAGGCCUUUGUCAGCUACUGUAUAGGGCAGAGAAACAUUGACACUCUCCUGGGAUUUGCUUUGCAAAACGGCAUGGUACUGGAGGCCCAGGGACUGGUGACUAUCUACGUAAACAAGUACACUGACAUCACCAUGAGGAUUGCCAAGUACAUUGAUGUGGAUGAAGAGGAGCAGAACCAGGGUCUUACCACUCUCAAGGCAUAUCUAAUGAUGCAGAAGAUGCAUGAUGCUCUUGCAACUCUGACAAAUUGAGAGUUCCAGUUUAAUGUGAAUUGUAUGGAAUCAUAAAAGAAUUUCUAAAUAUAAUUAUUAGAGACAACUAUAAUUUAAUUACAAAAACUGUAAACUUUGAUGCAUGUUAUGAGUGAAUACAUGUCAAAUUUGUACAAUAGUGUUCUUGCUUAACAGCCAGUAACUGUUGAUAUUGUUUGCAUCAUAUUUGAUGUAGAAUGAAAUGAGGUUAUAAUCUUGCCUGUGUAUAAUCAAUAUAAUCUUGUUAUGAUUUUUUCAAUCUUUGUAUGCAUAAUUGAUAAAGCUAGAAUGUUCAUUGAUUAUGUUUACCGUUUGCAUUUAUACUGGUUUUGCUUGACAAUUGAGUGCUUAUUGUUGUUAUUUAUUAUACAUAAUAUAUUUGUGUUGCUAUCUUACAUACAUGCAUACAAUUAAACAUUAUAUUCAA